AUGGUUGGAAAGGAGUUUGCGGCCCUUUCCAUUUAUAUUUCUGAUAUGAUCGAUGACGGCAGAACAGCCAUGGGUUUGGUGCAACGCCAUCUACUUGAAAGCUAUGCUUCAUUAUUAGCUGUGACUAAAUUACGGACGCAGUCUUUGGCAGAGGAGUUAAAAACGACGUUCUAUCCAAAUCUGGUUCCUGGUGUUUUGAAACACGAGCGUCCUUCUAGAGAGUAAGACUAUCUAUGCUGGGCAUGCGGUGCACCGCAAAUCUCACGUAACCGAAAACAAAGAUUCGAUGAAUUUCUUACGACAAGCAGCCGAAGUUGGAAUAUGGCGGUACGCAUAGACGCCGAAUCAUCACAUGUCCGAUUCUUCCGAUUCUUCAUGGUUUCUAAGGUUUGCGGUAGCACUCGAACGAAUCGCCGGUUGGGAGCGCGCAAUCCUGAGGGACUAGCUCCAUCACCAGAUAGUUCUGAAAUGGCGACAUGGUGCUUCGUGGACUGCAUUUGCUAUCAGCCUGCUUUCCAUCGCAUUCACGACCGAGGAGAACAGCAGUAG